GCGUUUUCUGAUUGGUCCCUAUGGCAAGAGUGCAGGGACAAUUGCUGAAGUUGACCUCUGGUUCCGGAACCGAGGGCGAAGAUGGCGGCGUCCCGGUGCUGGAGGUUUGUGCCUCGCGGUCGGGGGCCGUCAUUGCACACCGCUGCCGAGACUAACUCCACGGCCACGGGAACGAUCAGCCCAGAUGUGUUGGCGACCUCCGUUGCGCGGUACCCGCCGAUUGUGGCCUCCUUGACCGCCAAGAGCAAGGCGGCACGGCAGCGGCGGGUGGAACGCUGGCAGGCAGCGGUGCACGCGGCCAAGUCGGUGGACGAGAAGCUGCGAAUCCUUACGAAGAUGCAAUUCAAAAAAUACGUGGUUUACCCGCAGACCUUCGCCUUGAACGCCGAUCGCUGGUACCAAGGCUUCACCAAGACUGUGUUCCUGUCGGGUCUGCCGCCUGCGUCCCCGGAGGCCGAGCCGGCGCCCGCGCUGGACCUGGCUGCCCUGCGCUCUGCCGCGUGCGACUGCCUCCUGCAGGAACAUUUCUACUUGCGGCGCAGGCGGCGGGCGCCCCUCUUCCAGGAGCAGGAGGCUAUCGCUUCGCCCUUCUUGGAUCAGCUGGUGGCGACCCUCACGGGAUUGCUCACCCCGCUCAAUCCCGUCCUGGCUACAGCCGCUCUUGAUCAUAAGCGGCUCGUUCAUUUUUACUGGGUGCGUGGUGAAGAAAUUAUUUCUUCUGGUCAUCGAAAAGGUCGAGUUGAUGCUUUGCGAUACCAGAUAGAUGAUAAACCACACAAUCAGAUUCGAAUAUCCAAGCAACUCCCAGAGUUUGUGCCAUUGGAUUAUUCUGUUCCUGUAGAAAUCCCUGUUAUGAAAUGUAAACCAGACAAGCUUCCAUUAUUCAAACGGCAAUAUGAAAACAACAUAUUUAUUGGCUCAAAAACAGCAGAUCCAUGCUGUUAUGGCCACACCCAGUUUCAUCUGUUACCUGACAGAUUAAAUAGAGAAUGGCUUUUGAAACGAAACCGUGCUGACCAGAUAGAAGUUAUUUUUAGAGCUAAUGCUAUUGCAAGCCUUUUUGCUUGGACUGGAGCACAAGCAGUGUAUCAAGGAUUCUGGAGUGAAGCAGAUGUUACUCGACCAUUUGUCUCCCAGGGCGUAAUCACAGAUGGAAAAUAUUUUUCAUUUUUCUGCUACCAGUUAAAUACUUUGGCAUUGACUGUACAAGCUGAUCAGAAUAACCCUCGUAAAAAUAUUUGUUGGGGGACACAAAGUAAGCCUCUUUAUGAGACAGUCGAGGAUAAUGAGGUGAAAGGUUUUAAUGAUGAUGUCUUACUUCAGAUAGUUCACUUUCUACUGAAUAAACCAAAAGAAGAAAAAUCACACUUGUUGGAAAAGUAGGAGAAAUAUUUCAUUUAGGACUUUCAAAGUAUUUAAAUUUCAUCAAAGGAACAACAAAAGGAUUUUAAGUGUGCCACUUAUAACUGUCAUAUGUUAAAUGUAUUAAUUUUUGAGACAUGUGUUUCUUAUGUUAACUUGUGAUUAGAUCUCUCAUUCUAUUCAAAUUCAUUACUGAAAGAUUUUAAUUUUGAAUACAGUUGAUUUAAAGUAAUUUUGUUUACAUCCUACUUACUGAAAUAUUAAUUUGGUUUUCUUUAAUACCUUGAGAAUCCCUAUUUGAGUGUGAUUUUAAAAGUAAUAUGGCAAUAUUUUAAAUAUUUGAGAAUCUAUGUAUCAUACUUAUCUUUGCUGUUUUGGUUUUUAUUUUUGUUAUCAUUGGUACAAAGUUUCAGAGCCUUACUUAGACCCCUUCAAAAUAUGAGCAGUCCAUUUCACAUAUAGUAAACUAAUGCUUUAUUCUUAAUCUUGGUUUGAACAGGAAAGAAAAAUAGAAAAGUAUUAAUAGUAUACUUCACUGAGAGAGUCUUAUGUUUUAGUCAACACCCAACCUUUGCCUAAUGGCUAAACAUAAGUGAUAUUCUCAUUGGAAGGAAAAAUGAGAUCGCCAACUUUGACCUUCACUGGCUUGCUAGUCUACUUCACACGCCCAGAAUCAUAGAAGUAGGCAUUCAGCAGAUGUGAAUGGAUGUCAGUAAAUUAGUCUUUCUAGUUUCUAGUUUGAGAUCUGGCAUAUGUUAUUUAUUUAUAUCUUUCACAUCUCAGUAAAGCUUAAGGUUUUCAUUACAUAGAUAUCUACAUAGUUCUUAUUUAUGCCUAAAUUUUUAUGUUAUUGUGAAUGUAUUUGUUCUUUUCAAUUAUAUUUUUAUAGCUUCUAAAAAUGGCUGAUGUUGGUUGCUGUAUAAUUUUGUAAAAGGCCAAUUUAGUUAGCUUAUUAAAUCAGUGUUUUCAGCUCACUUUCAUGAGGUAUUUGUGUCCAGUCUAUUUUGCAUUCUCCUGAAAUUACAUAUUAGCAUGCAUAACCAUUAACUCCCUGUAGCAUAAUUCAUUGGACAGUUUCUAUCCAUACAUACAUUGCAUCUUAAAUCCAAUGGCAAUUCCAUUACACAGUUAUAGAAAUAAAUCAUAACUUUCUUUAAAAAAUUUAAAAAGCCAAUACAUAACCUGUACAUUAAAUUUCAGACUGUACAAGUUGUUAUAAAAGUUUCAAGAGCCAGUAUCAAGUAUUAAAUGCUGUUUACAAAAAUUUCACCAAGUGAAAUGCAGAAUCUAUAGGAUAAAAAGCACAUAAUGUAUUUUAACUUAUCCUAAGAGUUGGUCCCUGGAAACUGAAGAUUUAAAUACUACGUAUAAAUUACUUAAUUUUUUUUAAAUGAGAUAUUCCAACAGGCCAGCACUAUGGUCUGAAUGCUUGUUUUUCCCCCAAAUUCAUGUUUAAAUUCUAACCUCCAGGGCUAUGGUAUUAGGAGGAUGAGCCCUUUUCAAAGGUGAGGCCUUUUGGAAAAUAUUUGGAAAGGAGCUCUGUUCUCUUAAAUGGAAUUAUUAUCCAUAUAAAAUAGGCCUAGGACAGUUCAUUCACCCCUUGUACCAUGUGAAAAUAGUAAGAAGGAACUAUUUAUGAACCAGAGAGCAGGUCCUCGCCAAAUACUGAAUCUACUGUCUCCUUUAUGGACUUCUUGACCUUUAGAACUGUGAGAAAUAAAUUUCUGUUUAUCAUGUCUUA